CGUUUCAGAUAAUAUUAAUAUAAAUAAUGCAGAUGUUGAAAAUAUGAAAAUUGACACUGUUAUUGAAAAUACACAAAUGGAUUCUGAAAUGUUACGUUUUCAUACAAAUCAUGAGGGAUUAAACGUUAAUGAAAAACGUCUUUAUGAGGAUGAUGUUAGUGUAGAAAAAGAGAUCAAAAAAAUUCGUCAAAAAUAA